CAACCAAAAUGGCCAUGCGAAACAGAUUCGCACAAUAUAGUGGGUCCGAUGAGGAAACCUGUCUUAAACAAAGUCUGAAAUGGCUUGUCACUGGAGAUCAUUUCCAACCGCCGGGAUUUCUUAACUUGGUCAUAAAAUUUAGCAAUGCUGCGCUGGGAACAUAUUUUAGCGAUGCGUCGGUCUUUCUCCAGUUAACUGAUGAUCAACUUUAUAAAAACUAUACCGUAUACGGAUGAUGGACAUUUGGAGUGUGGACUGGCUAAAAUGGAUACUUUAUUGAAUGUAGCCUUUCUUGAAAAAUUUGUAGAAUAUGGAGUAGAUGCCGCCGAAAAAUACAACGAUACUGAACAGCAAGCCUUCUUGAGUUUGAUGGAAUUCCUCAGUGAGCGAGGUACACAUGAAAAGGCACUUAAAAUUAUUUCAGAAAAUGGAAGUAAGAAGACACAAGUAAUGACUGUUUUGGCCCAUCACCUUUUUUCCCAGUUGGUGCCUGGCAAGAUAUAUGAGGUAGAUAAUCAUGCAAAGCAAGUCCCAAAAAACUGCAGCUGUGGUUGUAAGGCAACAAUUUGUGAAGGCAAUACAUCAGUAGGGUCACUAGGAACAUGGCAUGGCAGAGCAGACAUUUUGCUGAACCAUACAAUUUCUGUGGCAAUUAUGGAGGAGAAAAUGGUUGACCAAGUUCAAGAGGAAGAAGAUUCUGAUGGAGAUGAAUAUGAGCCUAAAAGUAAACAAAUAAAGCUGGAAAGUGAAAAUGGAGAUGAAAAUGAAUGUGAGCCUGGAAGGAAACAAAGAUGUGAUAUCCCUGUUGAGAUGACUGACUAUAGCAAGGAACAUGACAUUGUUCUUCUGGGUCAAACAGCCUUACAGCAAAUCUUGGCUCAAACAAUAACAAAUGGCUUUGCUCAGGUUAACAUUCGUGGGAACUCACUGUCACAUUUCCUGAUUCCAACAUUUGGUGCCACAUCAGAAUAUAUCACUAUUUGUCUGUAUGACCCUGUCAAUGACUUCCUAUUGCACAUUAGUGAACAGCUUAGCUUAUGGAGAUAUUUUCCAACUGGGGAGUCAGAAAUUAAUGUUGAUACCAUAGUUAUUGUCUGGCUUUUCUUGAAUUUCACUGUUUUUACCUGUAAAAGUCUUCAUUCUUUCAUAGGUCUUAAAAAGUCAGGGUUACACAGAGAUUUAAAACAACGUCUUGGGGUAUACAAGAAGGCCAGAACAAGGGAAGAUGUUAACAUACCGAUAAUACACGCUUUCAGUGGUAUUGAUUUUGUAGUAUUAUCAUGAUUCCUCUUGUAAAAGCAUACUCUUGUUUGUGAAUUUGAAGAACAAUUAUGCCACUAGGUGGCUAUCUUAUAAUUAGAUUUCAGGCAAAAACUCAAAAAUAAUUAGAUCUUUGUCAGAUAGUGGGUUAUUCAAAUUUUGUACACAGAUGCCCACAUUAUCAUCAGAUAGUGGACUAUUCAAAUUGCCCUGCGUCUGAGGUCUGUCAGUUGUCUGUAAACAGUGAUUGUUAUCUCUAUUUCUCGAUGUACCAGUAGGACUUUUUCAAAGAUCACAUGUAGGAUCCACUUAGUCCCUAGUUGUACCCAUUCAGUUUUAAGUCUUAUUGGAAAAACAACAUCGCUGCCAGGCAGCCAUCUUGGAUUUUGGCUGUUGAAGUUUGUUAUUGAUACUUCUGUGGAAGUACAAGAGGGAUCUUUCUCUAACCUCACUUAUAGGAUCCCAUUGGGCCAUCUAAUUUUGAAUCUGAAAAAAAAACAACAACAAGGAUACAUGUCAGCCAUCUGAGAUUAUGGCAGUUAAAAUUUGUUACUGCUUUUUCUUCAAAAUUAUAUGAGAGGAAUUAUUAUUAAACUUUGCAUGUAGAUUCCUAUUAGCCUCAAUUAGCCAUGCCCAUUCAAUUUUGAAUGUGAUCUUGAAAAUAAAAAUGCCUGCCAGGUGGCAAUUUUGGAUUUUGCCAUUUGCCAUUCCUGAGAAGCAUUAAAAGGAUUUUUCUAAAACUUCAUAUGUAUGUUCCCCUUCGUCCAAAGUUUUGCCCAUUUUAUUUUGAGUCUGAGCCAGAAAAUGAAAUGGUAACCAGGCAGCCAUCUUGAUUUUAACAGUUGAAAGGACUAAAUCCUGAAGUUUGAAUCUCGUAUGUGUGUACGUAGCCACCAGAAAGUUCUUUCACAUUCAUUUUCUUGGUUGUCCUCUUGUCUGUUGACUUGUCAAGAAGAAAUUUCCUGCUAUUUCGAUGGUGCUGUUUUAAUCUAACCAAAAUUUCUGAUCUUAAACUUGAUCUGGCACAUUUUAUUUCAUGAUGUGCAAACACAUCUCUUUUUCUUCCAGGAAUUUAAUUGAUAGGUUUGGGAUCAUUCCAAAUUUAACUGUACUUGCAUAAUCAUGUAUUAAACAGCUGAGAUACUUUAGUGCUGGAGAACUUUUCCUUCAGUUUUUUAAGGUCAUCUGAGACAAAGUUUAGUCUCAGGUGACUGAUUCUAAUCACCUUUUGUCCUUGUCAUGCAUCGUGUGUCAUCGUCGGUUAUUAAUCAAUUUACCUUUGUAACUUCUUGUUAAUAACUAAGAGGUUACCUUGAUAUUGGGCAUAUGUUAUGCUAGGGUGAAGGGCUAUCAAGAUUGUUGAAAUGAAUGACUUUGACUUUCAUUCAAUGUCACAAGGGUCAAAUAUGCUUAAUUCUUUAAAUUGCUUUUUCUCAUUUGGGAAGAAGUCCAGAGACCUGAUAUUUGGCCUAUAGUACAUGUAAGCUUGUGUGAAGGCUAUCAGGGUUGUUCUAAUGAAUGACUUUGACUUUCAUUCAAGGCCACGUGCACAGAGGUCAAAUAUUCUAAUAUCUUUAAAUGAUAUAUGAAUCUUCUCACCAAGCAAGAGGCCGAGACCUGAUAUGAGGCCUUUGAAACAAUUACAAAUAAACCACCUUGAUUUUCAUA